UUCCCUAUAAACAAACAUAUUAGGAGGAACCAAUGUCACUUACAAAGCUCAAUUAAUUAGCCUCGUGAUUUCCAUUGGAAAAAAAAUAAAAAAAAAUAAAAAUAAAAGCCUUAUAAAUUUGGACCACAAAACAAAAGGCCAACAUAAAUAAGCCCAAGAGAGAGAUAAGUACCCCACUGCUUUUAAAUCCCAGUAUGUCACCAGCUGCCUCCUCUCAAUCCUCAACAACAGCAACAUCUGCUACUCCUCCCAAAAGCGCUUCUGAAGCCACAGCUUCUUCCUCAGCCAUGGGGAAUUGCUUAAACACUACCAGCUCCAAGGGACAAAAAACGCUUCCCAUCGACGCACCCUUCAAUUUCCCUUCCCCUCUACCAACAUGGCCCUCAGGAGGGGGAUUUGCUACGGGGAGCAUAGAUCUGGGGGGUCUAGAAGUGCGCCAAGUGCCCACAUUCACCAAGGUCUGGGCCACAUUAGACGGCGGCCCAGGCGAUGUCGGCGCCGGAUUCUUCAAUCCGACAGAAGUCCCCGCCGAUUUCUAUUCACUGGGGUCCUACACCCAACCCAACGACCGCCCCCUCAACGGUUGGGUCCUCGUCGCGCGCGACGCCCAAGAACUCGGCAUCCUCGCGAAACCCCUCGACUACACCCUCGUGUGGAGCGCCGAAUCCACCUCCGUCAAACGAGUCGGCGACGGCUUCUUCUGGCUGCCGACUCCUCCCAGCGGCUACAAAGCCGUAGGACUCCUCGUCACCGACUCCGCCCAGAAGCCCCCGCUCGACCUAAUCCGCUGCGUCCGCGCCGACUUCACCGACCAAUCAGAGCCCGACACGUCGCUCUGGUCCACCAACGACGGCAGCUUCAGCGUGAGCUCACUCCGGCCGUCCGAUCGUGGCGUCCGGGCGCGCGGCGUGUGCGCGGGCACGUUCACGGCCCAAUCGAACGGCUCUCCUUCGCCGACGACGACUCUCGCUUGUUUGAAGAAUCUCAGCGCCGAGUUCACCUCCGCAAUGCCGAAUUUAGCGCAAAUAGAAGCUCUGAUGCAAGCGUACUCUCCCGUGAUAUAUUUGCACCCCGACGAGCAAUUUUUCCCUUCUUCGGUAACUUGGUUCUUCAGCAACGGGGCGUUGCUGUACCAAAAAGGGAAUCCGAAUCCGACCGCGAUCGCCCCCGACGGGUCGAACCUCCCGCAGGGAGGGUCGAACGACGGGGAAUACUGGAUAGACCUUCCGGCAGAUGACAAGCUGAAAGCAGAAGUAAAAGCAGGCGAUUUGAACACCGCAAGAGUGUACCUCCACGUCAAGCCGAUGCUCGGGGGCACAUUUACCGAUUUAGCCCUGUGGAUAUUCUACCCGUUCAACGGCGCCGCGAGGGCGAAAGUGGAAUUUGUGAACGUCUCGCUGGGGAGGAUCGGGGAGCAUGUGGGGGACUGGGAGCACGUGACGCUGCGGGUGAGCAAUUUCAGCGGGGAGCUGCGGCGGGUGUACUACGCCGCGCACAGCGCCGGCGAGUGGGUCGACGCGUCACAGGCGGAGUACGAUCCGUCGGGGGGGAAUAAGCCCGUGGCCUACGCGUCGCUGCAUGGCCAUGCAGCGUACGCGAAGGCCGGCUUGGUACUCCAGGGCAAUGAGAAGCUGCAAAUAGGUAUAAGGAAUGAUACGGCGAAGGGGAAGAAGAUGGAUACAGCGGGGAGGUGGGAGUUGGUGGCGGCGGAGUACGACGAAGUAGGGGAGGCGGUGGCGGAGCCGGCGUGGUUGGAGUACAUGAGGGAGUGGGGGCCGAAGACGAGCUACGACAUCGCGAAGGAGCUGAAGGGCGUCGAGAGGCUGCUUCCGAAGAGGCUGCGGAGGGCGCUGGAGAAGCUGGUGGCGGAGCUGCCGGCGGAAGUGCUCGGGGAGGAAGGGCCGACUGGACCCAAGGAUAAGAGCAGUUGGACCAUGGAUGAAAAAUAAAUAUUAAAGAAAUAAUUAUUGUCAAAGUCAAAUUCACAGGAGACUUUUCAACUGUAGGCAUCAGCAUUCUGAAAUCGCCCCUGAACUUUUUUUUUUUUUUAAUUGAGAUCCACUCAGCUUCUAAUAAUUUAGAAUUGAAUAAAUUUAAAAUUUUAUCAAAUUUAUUGAUGGUUUUACUAAAUAUUAUGAGUUUAAUUACUUUUUAGUGAAUGAAAGUUAUUAAAUUGGAUAAAAUUUCUGAGCUAAUUAAGUAUAAGAACUCAAAUAAAAAAAAGGAUCUCAAUCCGUAAAACAAAAAAGUUGAGGGGCUACUCCAAAAUAUUCUAUAAGGGAUUUUCAUAUAUUUCUUUCAAAAAAAUUAUGAGUAAUGCUAUCGGUAUACUUCAACGUGAAAUACAAAUUUUACACCCACUGUACUAAAAUUAUUAAUACUUUAUUUGUCACAUCAAUUUUUUUUUUUUUUCAAGUUUAGAAUAGAGAGGGUAAGACCUACACUCUUUUUCAGAAGUACAAAAAGUAUUUUUCUAGAGCAUGUAUCUUCACAUCAAACCAUUGUUGGCUUAUUUAUUGUGUGAAUUCAUUAUUGAUUGUUGCUGUUA